GUUUUUACAAAACACUGAAAUUCCGACUUAGAUUACCCAAACAAAUCGAAUUUUUUGAGUCUGAUUAUAGUAAAUAGCAUGUCUGAUUGGGAAUUUAUUUUUGAUGGAAUUUUUGGUUUUAUAAAUUCUCCUCUUUGGAAUGUACCUAUUUUGUCUUUUAUAGAAUCUCAGUCAGUUGUCUUCGAAGAAUCUGAGGAGAAUCAUUUAAACUGGACAGAAAUCCACAAUAAAUAUAAAACUCUGGUUGAAAGUCUACUUGGUGGUUAUUUAAAAGAUGUUGGGAUAACAGAAGAUCAGUUUUUGAAUGCAUGCACAUCUCCACCUGCAAAAAAUGAUCCUCAAGUUCAGAUGGUACUUCAUCAUUUACUGGCAUGCGAUGAUUUCGAAGUAUUUAAAAAAAUGAUGAUAGAAAAAAAUAUGGAAUUGCAAAUUCAAGCCCUUAAUUUAAUCAAGCAACGACAAGGCAAAGAUGUUAGAAAAGAACAAAAUUCUCAGAUUUCUUCAGAAGAUGAAAUACUAAAGAAGGUGAUGCAGAAAUCAUUAUUAGAAUAUGAAGAAUCUCAACAAAAAAAAGGAGAAGAUAAUGCAGAAUUUGAUAUUUCAAUGGAAGAGAUAUUAUCAAAAAUAGAGACUGUAGGGACAAAAGUUGAUAAUAUCAUAGAAGUAAAUAAUGACCAUGAUAAAUCAGGAUCUGGUGAUGAAGUUGAUAGCCAAUUAGUAAUAAAAGAAUCGAAACUUCCCUUUAAAGUAACAAAUACGCCAUAUCUAAAUCAAAGUGCAUCGAUACCAACAACUUCAAAAACAGUUACUUCAACAUCAGCAGCUUCUACACUAGAAUCUUCAUCAACAACAACUUUAUUACCGACAACUAUGACAUUACCUUCUUCAACACCACAAUCUCUGUUAUUUGCAGAGUCCACAUCUAAAAAAUGUGAAACCCCUGAAAGUGCUGCUGCUCUGUGGAUUUCAAAUGCUAAGCAAGAAUCUGAACUUAUUAGUCAAACUCCAUUAAACAAACAAAUAAAUAUAAAUCAUGAGAAAUCUAAUGAAGAUAUGAAAAAGCGAGAGUUGUAUCUAAAACAACAACGUGAUAGGUUGUUAGCAAUGAAAAAUGAAGAACGCAAGAAGCAACUUUCUCUUUAUACUAGCAAUUCACAAUCAGAACAUCCAAUUACGUCUAAAGCGGCAAACAAUGCUGUAUCUGGUCAUUUUGAGAAGCAGUUUUCGGAAGAAGAUGAGAAGAAAGUUGCGAUACGACGGGCGUUAGCUGAGAAACUUAAAAAAGAAGUUAUUAACAAAUGAUUUUGUGAAGUUUUUUAGUUCAGUUAAAAAUACUAGUAAUGAGUACUUUAGUAAUAAUAAUUUUUUUUU